AUGAAUAGGCGGAAUGUCCGAUUACCGCCCGAAGUUAACAGAGCCAUCUACGUGCGCAACCUACCAUUCAACAUCACAUCGGAGGAAAUGUACGACAUUUUUGGGAAAUACGGCGCCAUCAGGCAAAUACGCAUCGGAGUGACAAAGGAGACGCGAGGUACAGCCUUUGUGGUGUAUGAGGACAUCUACGACGCCAAGAACGCCGUGGAGCAUCUGUCAGGGUUCAACGUGGCGAACCGCUACCUCAUAGUGCUCUACUACCAGCAGGCCAAGUUCACCAAGAAGAUUGAUCAGGUAUGCUGUUGUGUUCUGCAGACCCAGCUCAACGUGGCCAAUCGGUACCUCAUAGUGCUCUGCUACCAGCAGGCCAAGUUCACCAAGAAGAUCGACCAGGUACCAGCAGGCCAAUUCACCAAGAAGACUGGCCAGAGGAAGAGCGAGGAGGAGUUGGGUAAGAGGCAGAAGAAGUAUGGCGUGUCGGGGGAGCAGAAAUAG